AUGGUACUUCAUGCCUUUCCAUGGGACGCUUCGACUUCGGUUGCGAAUCUCACCGAGUCUCAAAUACAUCAGCUUUGUACAUUGAUGCAGAAUAAUUCUAUGCCAUUGUUCAACAAUUCCUCAAGUCUCAGUACUGGCAGUGAAACGUCUUCGACAGACUUUGCCAUCUUGCGAAGCAACAGUGGAUUUCAUGAAAGGCCGUCAUCAUACAUGGUCUGGGGAGUUGGAUUAAUGUUUGUUACAAUUAUCAACAUGUGUGCCGUUGUUGGUAUAGGAGUAAUGCGAUAUCUUACUAAGGACGUAUACAAUCAGGUUAUUACUUUAUUUGUGGGAUUAGGUGUUGGCUCGUUAUCAGGAUCUAGUUUUUAUCAUCUCCUCCCGCAGGCUCAUCCGUCCCUUAUGGAGGAGAGUGAUGCAAAUGGACGCUUAACACACUCAUAUCUUCACAUGGCCCAUUUUUCCCUCAUCGGAGUGUAUUUGUUUUUUAUGUGCGACAAAGUCAUUAAAAUAGUAUUGGAAAUGAGGAAACGCAAUCGUUCACAAAUCAUGACUGUGCAAGUUUCCGAUCGAGAUGAGUUGUCAAAUCGAAGCGAUUCUGCACUGGUUUCAAACAAACAAGAUUUCCACGAACGUGGAACUGUGAACAAGACAGAAGCGGCCGAAAUCGAGAUGAUGAAGCUUGAAAAUAGUGCCGGUAAAUCGAUGGGUGAUCAG